AUGUUCCUCACUCGAACUCGCCCUAGUCGCUACAUGGGUAUCAUGAUGAUGCUCUGGGCCGUCGUCAGUGCUCUCACAGCCGUCGCAAAGGACUUCAAGGGUCUCCUCCUCACCCGAUUCUUCCUCGGUCUCACCGAAGCUCCCUACUACCCCGGUGCCGUCUACCUCCUCUCCAUCUUCUACACCCGCAAGGAAGUCGCAACCCGAAUUGCCAUCCUCUACACCGGAAACAUCCUCGCCACAGCUUUCGCCGGUCUCAUCGCCGCCGGUAUCUUCCACGGUCUUGACGAUGUCGCUGGCCUUCCUGGCUGGAAGUGGCUCUUCAUUCUCCAGGGUGCCGUCACCUUUGUCAUCGCUGUCGUCGGAUACUUUAUUCUGCCCGACUUCCCCUUGACUACUCGGUGGUUGACCGACGAGGAGAGACAAUUAGCUUACAACCGUAUGGAACUCGACACUGUCGCCAACAAGGGUGAGACCAGCACCAUGGAGGGAUUGAAGCAGGCUGCCAAGGAUCCUCUUGUCUGGAUCUUUUGUGCUAUGGCUCAUCUUCACUUGGCUGCCAACGGUUUCAAGAACUUCUUCCCCACUGUCGUCGAGACCCUUGGCUUUGACCGAACCAUCACUCUCGUCCUUACUUGCCCUCCAUACCUCAUCGCCGGUGCCAGCACCAUCCUCGUCUCAUGGAUGUCCGGUCGAUACAACGAGCGAACGUGGCACAUCACCGCUUCUAAGGCUGUAGCUGUUGUUGGUUUCGCCGCCGCUGCUGCUACCAUGAACACUGCCGGUCGCUACGUCUGCAUGGUCAUCUUCACUAUCGGUACAUACGCUGUCAACAGUCUUAUCCUCGGUUGGUGCGGAUCCGUCUGUGGUCAGACCAAGGAGAAGAAGGCAGUUGCUAUCAGCAUGGUCACCAUGAUCAUGAACGUCAGCUUCAUCUGGACUCCUUACUUGUGGCCCAAGAGCGAUGCCCCCAGAUAUGCCAUUGCUAUGGGUAGCAGCGCUGGUUUCAGUAUCGGAACUGCUGCUCUUGCCUGGUUGGCCAAGUUUAUCCUUAAGAAGCGAAACCAGAAGCUUCGCGCUCAGGAGAACGAGAACAUGGUCUACUACGUCUACUAA